GGCACCCCUCGCCCCCUCCCUCCGGCCCCCGCCAGGCUCGGGCAGCGGCCGCCCCCAGCCCCCGCUCGGCCACAUCCCCAACUCUCCGGGCUCCCUCCUGGGACGCGCGCCCUCGCCCCAUCCUUUCUUCCUUCCUUCCUUCCCUCGCGCCCGCCCUCCCUCUCCAGGUCUCCCUCCCGGGGCCCGAUUGUCUCCGUCCCCUGCCCAGCCGGCCCGCGCCGCGCCCUGCCCGGAGUCUCCCUCGCACUUCCUGGGUCGCCCGGCGCCGCAGUCUCGCCUCGCCCCGGGAGCCCGAGCCGCCGCUGUCCCCGGCUCCAGCCCCCGCAGCCCGCGGCGCCCGCCCGAGGGAGCCCCGGCGCCCGGGGAAGGGAAAAGUGGGCGAGCGCGCCCUCGCCCAGCCCCGCGCCCCAGCCCUGCCCGGCGAGGAAGGACCGGGAAGAUGAACAACGGCGGCAAAGCCGAGAAGGAGAACACCCCGAACGAGGCGAACCUUCAGGAGGAAGAGGUCCGGACCCUAUUUGUCAGCGGUCUCCCUCUGGAUAUCAAACCUCGGGAGCUCUACCUGCUUUUCAGACCAUUUAAGGGCUACGAGGGUUCUCUUAUAAAGCUCACAUCUAAGCAGCCCGUAGGUUUUGUCAGUUUUGACAGUCGCUCAGAAGCAGAAGCUGCAAAGAAUGCUUUGAAUGGCAUCCGCUUCGAUCCUGAAAUUCCGCAAACACUACGACUAGAGUUUGCUAAGGCAAACACGAAGAUGGCCAAGAACAAACUAGUAGGGACUCCAAACCCCAGUACUCCUCUGCCCAACACUGUACCUCAGUUCAUUGCCAGAGAGCCAUAUGAGCUCACAGUGCCUGCACUUUACCCCAGUAGCCCUGAAGUGUGGGCCCCGUACCCUCUGUACCCAGCGGAGUUAGCGCCUGCUCUACCUCCUCCUGCUUUCACCUACCCCGCUUCACUGCAUGCCCAGAUGCGCUGGCUCCCUCCGUCCGAGGCUACUUCUCAGGGCUGGAAGUCCCGUCAGUUCUGCUGAAUACCAUGUUCCAGGUGUGUGAUGGUGGCUGCAAUCUGUCUUGUGGGUAUUAAUGCAACCUUCAGUGGUGGCUGCUGUUCUCAAGCCGUUCUACAAAACUGGAGCGUGCUGGCUUGAAAACACCUUGCCCAGUUUUGAUCCCUUCAAGACUUUGCCACAGCCUCUAUCACACAUCUGUUUUUCUCGAAGAAACAAAUAUAAUAAAAAUGUUUUACUCUUUUACACUGUAUAAUUUUAAAAAAUAGUGUGUUAUUUGUGAACGCAUGGUCUGACAUUUCUGUACAGUUUGGAGAUAUUUUCAAACGAAACAUAAAAGAUAUCAACAAUAAAA